AUGGCGCACGGCUUCACCGACGCGACGCUCAAGAGCUUCAUCUGGGACAUUGCGCGCGAGGGCUUCGUCCUGCAGCUCAUCUCCCUGGCGGGCCUGCACUCCAACGCCACCAUCACCAACGAGCUCGCGCGCGACUUCAAGUCGGACGGCAUGCUCGCCUACGUCAACCUCGUCCAGAGGCGCGAGAAGGAGGGCGGCUGCGACGUCCUGACGCACCAGAAGUGGAGCGGCGCCAGCUACAUUGACGGCAUUCUCGGCGCCAUCCAGAGCGGCAGCUCGAGCAGCAAGAGCAUGGGCGAGGGCAACACGGAGGGUCAGUUCAACUGA